AUGGGCCCCUGUACCGCCUCCUCAUGCUGCUGCCAGGCCCGUAAUCUGCCAUGGGCCCCCGUACCGACUCCUCAUGCUGCUGCCAGGCCCGUAAUCUGUCAUGGGCCCCUGUACCACCUCCUCAUGCUGCUGCCAGGUCCAGAGUGUGUCAUGGGUCCCUGUACGGCCUCCCAUUGCUGCUGUCUCCAUCGCCACACUCUGCCAUGUGCCACUUUCAGGUCUCCUCACACUGCUGGUGGGUUCCAUUUUUUCAUAGGGUGCUGUAUGGCCUCCCAUUGCUGCUGCCUCCACUGCCACACUGUGGCUCCACACUCUGGUUUUGGCCCCGUGACUGCCCAAAUGAGUGAAGUGUGCGGUGAUUCUAAGAUCGACGGCACUCAUCUGCAUGUCAUACUGACUGACAGUAUUAUUUCUCUUCCCCAGCAGACUCCAAGGGCAUUUAAAUUAAAGGUACAGUGUUCUGCACUAAUAUAA